AUGCAACUUCCAUCCCUCUUCGCCAACACCCUCUCCCACCUAUCCCUUAUCUCCCAAACCCCCCUAACAUCCAACCCAAACCCCCUCUCCUCCUCAAGCUGCCCAAGCAACUCUCCAAUAUCGUGUCAAAACAGCACCGCAGCCCCCGAUUCAUGCUGCUUCAUCUACCCCGGCGGCCAGCUCCUACAAACCCAAUUCUGGGAUACAAGUCCAAGCAUAGGACCCGAUGAUUCUUGGACUCUACAUGGCCUAUGGCCCGACCUCUGCGACGGUUCCUACCCCACCUACUGCACAUCCGCCCCCCAAUACUACAACAUCACCACUCUAAUCUCAGCCCGCGCCCCCGCGCUCCUCACCACCAUGCAGUCCUACUGGCUCCCCAACGCCGGCACGCUCGAGCACUUCUGGGAGCACGAGUGGAACAAACACGGCACCUGCAUCAACACCCUCGCCCCCUCCUGCUACUCCUCCUCGUACGUGCCCGGCGACGAAGUCGUAGAUUUCUUCACGCGCACCGUCGCCCUGUUCCAGACCCUUGAUACCUACACGGCGCUCGCGGCUGCUGGCAUCACGCCUUCGAGCACCAAGACGUAUGCGCUGGCCGAUAUACAGACGGCGCUUAAUAACGUGACGGGGUUCGAGGCCGUGGUGGGCUGUAGUGGGAAUAUGCUGAAUCAGGCGUGGUAUAGCUUUAAUGUCAAGGGGAGCUUGCAGGGUGGGGAGUUUGUGCCUGUUGAUCCGGCUGGGAAGGGGUUGCGGUGUCCGUUGAGGGGGAUUAGGUAUUUACCUAAGUGA